AUGACUUUUUCCACGCCCCAAAACACCGCAAAGGGAUACCAAGACAUCAACUCAAGCUGUAGAAAGACCAUGAAGUCUAUGCAAGUCAUCGACACUGGAUCAGGACCGCUUCCAAUCCAGGGCAUGAGGGAAUACGAAUCGACCGAUGUGACCAAGAAGGAGAACGACUCCGUUUCACUGGCAACUCUGAACGGCGAUGAGAGCGGUGGCGACCACUACGACGCCGAGAACGACGACGGCAGGAAGUCUCUCGAUGAUAACGAGAAGAGUACUGAUGAUCACAUCCCGCCAUCGCCUGUAUCGCCUAAAUCGGGCUCCGACGAAAAUCACUUGGCCACUCCAAUUGUUACUGACAUCGGCAUCGGCAUUACCACGGGCACUGCCACUGACACUGCCAACCACGCCGUCGCUACCACAACCACCACCACCACCACCGCCGACAACACCACCCCAACAACAACCGUAACAGCAACGUCAGAGCAGCCACACCAGCAGAACGACACCAGCCCGCACCAACAAUCCCGCCCGACCUCACUCCGGCUUCACCACGAUCGCCGGCCCUCCUAUCGCCAAUUAUCCCCCCGAAUUUCUAGCCCCAUCGACGAAUUGCCCGAACCGCCUCCAAGGCUUAGUCCGCGAUCGCGAGCCUCGACAUAUCAGAUCGCUUCACAUUCCACCCCGGCAACCCCAGCCAUCUCACCCAGACGGCCGGCUUCGUUCCCCGAUUCUCCCGUCAUCGUACAGUCCUCCAAGGUCGGCGUCGCAGAGUCCAAAACAUCUGCUCUUACGAGGUUGCACAUCCGCAGGACGGCCACAUCGCGAUCGCGCGAGUCAAAUGUUAUUGAUAUCCAGUCACCGCCUCUAGACACCCAUCACCCGCAUCCUCCCGACGCAAACGACGACGUCCUUUCCCCGACCAGCGGAACCAAAAGGGACUCGACCAACGGCCAACGCGAAUUAUUACUGCCCAAAACAUUACAGGAUUCGAGUCCGACAGAUGAAAACCGGAAAUCGGUAACGUCGCGACCGCCCGUCUCUUUCAAAGCCCCUUCGAACAGCGCCUCUACCACAUCUGUUCGCGUGGCCCCCAUCCGAUCCUUUCGAUCAUCUGGGUCUCGUCGAAGCCUGGGACUCGACAGCAGCACGUCCACCAUGCGGUCCUUUGACUUUGGCGAUGAAUUCGCGGACUCGAACCAGCGCGACCGCACCUUGCGCGCCCUCGAGGGCAGAAUCGACGAUGAUUUCCGUCGAAUGACUCCACCACACUCGGCUACCCAGACCGAUGCCGACGACACCACCGGUGACGUAUUCAUGAAAAUCGCGAGACAAGAGCCAACACGUCGCGGCUCCGGAGAUGUUGCGCCAGUGGAAGACUCAAGUGCCAUAGCCCGUGUCACCAGGUUCUCCCACCGCCGACCACUGUCCGCCGCCGUGCCAUUAUCUUAUCACCCUACCUCCCCGCCCCAAAUCAGUCGUCGUCUCUCCGACCAACAAGAGACCUCCAAGAAGCGGGCACGGCAACCGUCGGAAGACGAAAGCGCCGCAGAACCGAUGGCUCGCGCGCUGGCGUACCGUCCCGGUUUGACUCGAGACCGCCCUUCAUCCGUUCACCCUGCUGAGGACUUGAGUCGCUCCAAGACCUUCCACUCUUCCGCGCGCUCCUCCGUCUCCUCCGCAAACACGCCCCGUUCGUUCACCUUUCAGGGGCACGAUUCAUCAGACGCGUCUCCUUAUGCUCGCAGACGUCCGUCUCUGACCGACAGCAACACGGGGUUCUCUGCCCGCAGUCCAGCUUACAGGCAGUCGAACCUGUCUUACGGUCAAACUCGCACCUAUAACUCUUCGCCUCUGGUGCCGAAAAUGGAAACGCCGCGUAUCGAAACGCAGCCAGAUACUGCGAAGGAGGGCACAGAGUCGACGGCGACGGCAUCAACAACGGCACCUUCCACGGUCUGGGACGAACUUGACGAUUUGAAAUCCCGGAUUCAUCGAUUGGAGCUGACAGGCAAGUUGCCUGCUACUUCUGGCGCCGCAAUGUCACGAGCAUCCGACGAGCGACCGCCUACCGCGACGAACACGACCAUGUCCUCCUCACCAAAGAGAACGUCCGGCAGCAAUCACCCGAAGUCUGAUGUCCUGAGUACCGCUUCAUCACAGCGCGAGCAGCCCAUCCUUCUCUCCGCCGUUAGCAAGUCCAAGCCGUUCCUUAGCGACGAGGUGGCACGAGCUCUGGAGACAGCAGCUACCGAAGCACUGGCGCUUGCCAAUAUGAUGGGCACGGCAGGCCAACCGGGCCCGAUUUCAAGCGGGGCCAGCAGUAUUGGCGUGGGUACCAACCUGACGGAUCGUCAACUGCGGCGCAAGGCCGAUAGUAUUUGUCGGAGUUUGACUGAACUUGUUCUGGCCUUGAGCGAAGAAAAUGCGCGGGACAAGACCCUUCAACUCAGCGUACCCACACCAAAGGACACAACCACUCCUUCCACGCCAACGAUCAACAAGACGUUCACGGGAGGCACUGGUUCUUCCGCGGCCUCAGGAGCGACUGCCCAACCGAGACCUAGCAUAGAGCAGCAGACUCUUCCGAAGCCCACGGCCAUUAUUACCAGCCCGAGGGCUUUAUCCAAGUAUGAGGAGAGACGCAACACCAUGCUCAACUCCAGUGCCUUGCCGAGCCCAAGAUUCGCUUUGCCACCAGGCACGAUUCCCUCUACUCCGGGAGACGGCAACAAGACUGCCCACCGCAAAUCGUCUUUGUUCAUUGGCCGUGCCCGCCGUGGAGUGAGCGAAGAGCCUGAGGAUGGACGCAGAUCAUCAAUGCUCCUGAGAACUCGCCGCGCCGGUACUGAGGAGCCGGAAGAUUCUCGCGAGAACGCUCGUCAGGAACCCCGGCAAGAAACUGGCCGUCAAACCUCACUGCUCCGAACGCGCCGGGGAACCGUUGGCGAGGACGACGAAGAAUCAUUCCGCUUCCGCGCCCCAUCGAGGGCUACGACGGAACUCCAGACACCUGCUCGGGCUGUGUCUCACACCUACCACCCUAACACUGCGGCAAAUGAAGUAUCGUCUCCCGCCUCCUCGGCCCUUCCGCGCAGACGAUUUGGAGUGUCGACUCUUACCUCCCGCCUAGUCGCACCCUCCACACCAUCUCUUACAACUCGUCGGUAUCUGGAGAGGACACCAGAGCGCGAACUCCCCAGCUCGACCGAGAAAUCAGAAGAACGCGCACCACCGACCACUGCACAGCCGCGACACUUUUCGCUCAGUCACACGUCCUUGCUGAACAGGGCGAGCAGUAUAAACCGCAGACCAAACCGCGACAGCACGAUAACGAAUACAUCGACAGCUGCUCAGGCGGGCAGCUAUCGAUAA